CGGAUCGACUGGCGUUGGUCGGUGCAGUCCUACCCAAUGGGGUUCUAUCCACUAUUAGUUACUGGAGCCACUGAAUUUCCUUGCCGGGGGCUUCACUGCCUGGCAUCCAUCCAGUACGGAAACCACCAAAAUUUUUGUCCAGCAGCCAUCGCAUGCCCCUCCAGCCUACCAACCCCACCAUCAGCUAGACAACGCACGAAGAUGGCCUCGUCUACGCAACCGGCGCAGCUGCCACCGGCAAGCACUCGCCAGUCCAACUUUGAGCAGGGCGUCGCCUACGCCCUCCACCUCUGGCCAGCCCUGACCCUCGCCGUGCAAAACAACUGGGGGGGUCCCGACUCCGCCGACAAGCGAGACUGGUUCGCGGGCGCUGUCGUCGAGCUGUUCCCCGAGUUCACCGAUGCGCCGCCGGCAGGCCAGGCGGCCACCAAGUCCAGCGCGGCUGACGAGCCUGACAUGGAAGACGUCGAGACGGUGCUGCUGCAGGUCAUGAUUGACGAGUUCGAGGUCAACGUGGACGACGACUCUGGUGCCGAGAUUGCCAGCCACAUCAUCAAGGCGCGGUCGCAGUGCGCUAUCGGACAAUUCGACGAGGUGAAUGCGCUGAGGGAAAGAUUCACAAACCUCAAGGGCAAGAGGGUGGACCAGAUGUUCAGAGAGGCCCAAGAUGCGGACCAGGACACCGACUGGGAGUCCGACGACUCGGGUGAUGACGACGACGUGGACAUGGACGAUGCACCUGCCGUGGCAUCGGCGCCCAAGGAGAAGCCCGAGCCGCAAGUAGACGAGGAUGGCUUCACAAUGGUCACGAAAAAGAAGAGGUAGAUGGCGUACAAAAUAAUAGAUCCUGGGCGUGCGCCUCGCGGGCUGACGGCGCCGCCCCUUGUUGAUACCCAAC